GGCAGCUCUGCCUAGCACUGUGCACUCAAUAGCUAGUCACUAUUACGAUUAUUAUUCCUAUCCAGCCUGGGAAGAGAUGCUGAUCAACAAGAUAAUAUCAGUAGCUUACAUUUUUGGAAUGUUUGCUAUAUGCCAAGCCAAAUUUUACAGAUGAGAAGGUUGAAGCUCAGAUAAGGUAGGUCACCUUUCCAGGGUCACACAGCAAGAAAGUGUCUGACGCAGAAACCGGAGCUAUUCCUCCCUCCCCUCAAUCCGCUGGGAGGGCCCCUGCUCUUCCCGCGGGGCCGGACGGGGCUGCUGCCUCUUGCUUAUCUCAGCUAGGGCUGCCGGCUGGUCCCGCCCUCUCGGGGAAGCUGCCACUUGGAGGCGCCUGGCCGGGAAGGGCCUGGUCAGCUGUGUCCGGCGGAGGCAGCUGCUGACCCAGCUGUGGAGUGUGCCAGAGGUGGAGGAAGGGGGAGGGCAGGAGCUCCGGGCCAACCGUGGCGGGGGCUGCAUUAUGGAUCACCUCUGGGCGCCCCUUUGGCAUGGUGUCGGCUCCCUCUGUCUCCUGCUCGCUGGGGCCGCCUGGGCUCCUGCACCCAACCCCCCGGGCCCCGAGUUUGAAAGCAAAGCGACCCUGCUGGCGGCCCGCGGCCCCGAAGAGCUUCUGUGCUUCACAGAGCGGUUGGAGGACUUGACAUGUUUUUGGGAGGAAGCAGCAAGCGCCAGGGUCGGCCCGGACAACUACAGCUUCUCCUACCAGCUCGAGGGUGAGCAGUGGAAGCCAUGCCGCCUGCACCAGGCGCCCGCGGCCCGGGGAGCUGUGCGCUUCUGGUGCUCGCUGCCUACCGCCGACACUUCGAGCUUCGUGCCCCUAGAACUGCGCGUCACAGAGGCCUCCUCCGGCGCUCCACGCUACAGCCGUGUCAUCCAGAUCAACGAAGUGGUGCUUCUGGAUCCCCCCGUGGGGCUGCAGGCACGGCGGGCCGACGAAGGCGGCCACGUGAUACUGCGCUGGCUCCCACCACCUGGGGCCCCCAUGGCAAACCUCAUCCGCUACGAGGUGAACAUCUCCGCAGGCAGCGCAGCAGUAGGAGCGCAGAGGGUGGAAAUCCUGGAUGGCCGCACUGAGUGCGUGCUGAGCAAACUACGGGGCGGAACGCGUUACACCUUCAUGGUACGUGCGCGUAUGGCCGAGCCAAGCUUCGAUGGCUUCUGGAGCGCCUGGUCGGAUCCUGCGUCGCUGCUGACAGCUAGUGACCUGGACCCACUCAUUCUGACGCUGUCCCUCAUCCUCGUGCUCAUCCUGCUGCUGCUGGCUGUACUCGCCCUGCUCUCCCAUCGCCGGACUCUGAAGCAGAAGAUCUGGCCUGGCAUCCCAAGUCCCGAGAGUGAGUUUGAGGGUCUCUUCACCACCCACAAGGGUAACUUCCAGGUAGGUGGCCUGGUUGUCCCCUCAGGGCCUGUGGCUUCCCUGCUCCUGUGGCCAAACUCCAGGUCUCUGAGCCAGCUGGUGCUGUUUUCCCAGCUGUGGCUGUACCAGAAGGAUGGCUGUCUGUGGUGGACCCCCUACACCCCCUUCACAGAGGACCCACCCGCCCCCCUGGAAGUUCUCUCUGAGCGCUGCUGGGGAGUGACACAAGCAGUGGAGCCAGGGACAGAUGUUGAGGGGCCCCUGCUGGAGCCGGUGGGCAGUGAGCAUGCCCAGGACACCUACCUGGUGCUGGACAAGUGGCUGCUGCCUCGGAGCCCGCCUAGUGAGGACCUCCCACAGCCUGGUGGCGGUUUGGACAUAGCAGCCAUGGAUGAAGGCUCAGAAGCAUCCUCCUGCUCAUCCAUUUUGGCCCUGAAGCCAGGGGGGGCCUCGGCUGCCAGCUUUGAGUACACCAUCCUGGACCCCAGCUCCCAGCUCUUGCGUCCGAGAGCACUGCCCCCUGAGCUGCCCCCCACCCCACCCCAUCUAAAGUACCUAUACCUCGUGGUGUCAGAUUCUGGCAUCUCAACUGACUACAGCUCAAGGGACUCCCAGGGAGCCAAGGGGGGCUCAUCUAAUGGCCUCUACUCCAACCCUUAUGAGAACAGCCUUGUCCCAGCCCCCAAGCCAACCCCCAGCUACAUGGCCUGCUCCUAGGACUCUAGUCCUCAAAUGCUUGGGGACCCAGCAUAACCUCAAGUGCUAAUCCAGGCACAAGACUUGUUAGGCAGGGUCAGCAAGGCCUCCCUGAGGACUAGGGGCAUUGCUGACCUUGGCUAUGUGCCCAGUCCAUCCUGCUCAGGAAGUCACAACCUUGCAGUUAUUUUUAAAUGUAUAGUUUUUGGGGGGUUUUUGGUAUACACUCAC